AUGUCUGAACUGAUUUCACAAGUCCUCAGCUAUCUUCCCCAGGACGAGGGUUGGCUCCCUAAAUGGAUGUUCCUCGUGUCCGUCAUCGCGGUCGGUAACUCGGUGCAGACAUACAUGACCCUGCACUUCACCAAACGCGUCUAUUCUGGACGUCCUGAUCAAGUCAACUGGCUGUCGUCCCGCACAUUCGGUACAUGGACCUUCAUGGCCUCGGUGCUGCGCCUGUACGCAGCGUACAACAUCACGAACCCGGUCGUUUACGACCUCGCCAUCUGGAGUUACAUCAUUGCCGGAUGGCACUUUUUGAGCGAGUGGUUGAUCUUUGGGACUGCGUCGUGGGGCGCGGGGCUGGCAGGGCCGAUCUGUGUGAGCAGUUUGAGCACAGUGUGGAUGGUUACCCAGAGGGGGUUGUAUUAG